UACAUGCCUAUGUCUUUGCAGAGACACACCUUAACCUUGUCAAAUCCAUUCUACUGUUUCACUUCUCUCUCUUCUCCUUUCUUCCUUUUCCCCAGGUUUUUAUUGGAAAAGAAAAACAAGGUCUCGUCCCUUUCCAGGUGCCGUAAUAGCUCCACUUUCUUCCCCUUCUUCACCAUCAUUCCUUUUCAUCAACUCCACUUACCCUUACCCUUCUCUCUCACCGCAUCACUCCAUCAACAACACACAAAAACAACCUCAAACAACACAAAAAAGAAACAACUUCCCCUUUCUGCUUCUUCAUACUUCCACCUAUAUUCUCACUUUCAACAAACUAUUGCAUCAUUUCCACUGCCUGCUAGAUCUCACAUGUCCUCUACUUUUUAAACUUUGCUUCUGCGCAAAUUCUCUUCUUAUAUAUAUAUAGUUAGGAGGAUAUCGAUGGAAAACUUUUACAAGCUCAACUCCCUCCUAUCUUGUGCCGAGGAUGUUGUUAGAGGAGUCAACGUCAGCGUUUCCGCCGCCGCCGCAUCUGAAUUGAAUCUAGGACUUGUGGCCAAUAACUUCCUUCAGCUAGAAGAGCCAGAAACUUCCGAUAUGUCGGAACGGUUCAUCAAGACCCAGAUCGCCACUCACCCUCUUUAUCCAAAUCUAGUAUCUGCUUACAUAGAAUGCCGAAAGGUUGGAGCACCGCCAGAACUUGCUUCACUUCUUGAAGAAAUAGCCCGUGAAAGCCACCCGACGCAUGCUCUUCGUGAGAUAGGAGAUGAUCCCGAGCUUGACGAGUUCAUGGAAUCAUACUGCGAAGUUCUUCAUAGAUACAAGCAGGAGUUGUCCAAGCCAUUCGACGAAGCGACCUUGUUUUUGUGUAGUAUCGAAUCACAACUCAGCAAUCUUUGUAAGGGAACACUUGCAUUGCCACUGGAUAACAACCCCUCAGACGAGGCGGCUGGGACAUCAGAAGAUGAAUUGAGUUGGGAGAAGAUGGAAGCAGUGGAAGGUGUCGAAUCUUCUGGGUCUCGUCCCGGUGAUCAAGAGCUUAAAGAAAUGCUCCUUCGUAAGUAUGGUGGUUAUCUUAGCAGCUUAAGAAAGGAAUUUUUGAAGAAAAGGAAAAAGGGUAAACUUCCAAAGGAGGCAAGGAGGAUUCUCUUGGACUGGUGGAGCACUCACUAUAGGUGGCCUUAUCCUACGGAGGAGGAGAAAGUGCAACUAUCAGAAAUGACAGGACUUGAUCAAAAGCAGAUAAACAAUUGGUUCAUCAACCAAAGGAAACGGCAUUGGAAACCAUCUGAAGACAUGCGAUUUGCGAUUAUGGAUGGUGUGAGUGGCAGCGCCAUAGGUAGAGGACCUAUGUAGUUUAUUUCUGCACUGGAAAUGAACCACCAAGUUGAGUUUUGCUACUUCUACCUCGUACUCGAGUGAUGUGUGCAUACGCUGUUGAUUUUUGUUACUUCUACCUCGUACUCAUGCGUUGUAUUCCUCUAGAAAUGUUAAAUUUUUUGAAUCUGCUUUUGAAUGCUGCAAUGUAUAUGUGCAAGAGUGUAACAACAGUAAUAGGCAACAACGAUAAUCGAUCAAACGUUACUGAAUCAUUAUUUUAUUACAAUAUAUAUGUUAUACAUUUAUGUCUUGCA